AUGUCAUCAAGUCCUUCGAAAACCAGUACGGUAUAUGGCUAUAUCUCUUUAAUAUGCUUAACAAUAUCAAUAGCCUCGCUGAUAGUCAUGCUUAGUGUGUAUUUGAUACUUAAAAACCUUCGAACACUACCUGGCUUAAAUAUAAUGUCACUAUCGACACGGUUACUAAUGUCCAGUUCGUUGUUGUUUGCUAACAAUUUUGUAAUUGUUGAUAUCGAAUGGCUCUGUCAAACACUCGGGUUUUUACUGCAUUUCACUUUGCUCUCUGGAUUCUGUUGGAUGUUCAUAUGCACAUUCCACAUGAUGCGAACAUUAACCAGUCUGAAAAGCUUUAACAAGAAUGCCCAAAGUUCAUACAGAACACACUUAAGAUACAUGGCUGUCGCGGAAUGUUCGGCAAUUGUUCUGACUGCUUCUCAAGUAUUAGUAUCAAUGCUAACGGAGAAUACACUUGGAUAUGGUGGUCGUCCUUGUUACCUCACCAAUCCUCGGAGUAUACUGUUCUUUGUUGCUAUACCAAUUUCUAUAGUGAUGGUCGUUAAUUUGGUCAUGUACAUUUCCGUGAUCGUGAAAAUUAUGCGUCUCCCUGAAAUGGGCGAGAACAAUUCUCGCGAGAAAAAUAAUCUAAAAAUAUUCGUGAAGCUGUCGACAAUUACUGGUUUGACUUGGAUAUUUGGGAUCGUUUAUGAGCUUACCGACGUGGAGCUGUUUAGUUUACUUUUCAUACUGUUCAACGCCAGUCAAGGGGUUUUGAUUAUGUUUUCAUUCGUAAUCAACAAACGUGUUGCCGGCUUGCUCCGCAAAAAGAAUAACUCUGCGUCUAGAGGCUUGUCUACACAGAAGUCAACUCGUUCCGCUACGAAGAUGCCCGAGGCUUCCGAACACAUGCAGUCAAUUCGUUCCGCCACGGAGAUUACCGAGGCUUACGAGCACAUGAAGUCAACUAGUUCCGCUACGGAGAUAACUGAGGAUUUCGUGCACAUGCAGUCAACAAGUUGCGUUACGUACAUAAACAAUGCUUCACAACACAUAUAG